UUUUUUCGUUUGCGUUGAUUGAAAGUAAGACAAGUAAGAAGAAGACAGUCAAGAUGGGUCGUCGUCCAGCUCGUUGCUACCGUUACCAAAAGAACAAGCCGUACAUUAAGAGUCGGUACUGCCGUGGUGUUCCCGAAUCCAAAAUCAAGAUUUUUGAUGUCGGCGCCAAGAAAGCUCCCGUCGAUCAGUUUCCCUUUGUGGCGCAUCUCGUGUGUGAUGAAAAACAGCAAAUCUCCAGUGAAGCCCUCGAAGCCUGUCGUGUUGCCAUUAACAAGCAUUUGGGAAAAAACAUUGGAAAGGAUGCCUUUCAUAUUCGUAUUCGAGCCCAUCCCUUUCAUGUCCUACGAGCCAAUAAGAUGCUUUCGUGUGCCGGUGCCGAUCGAUUGUCGUCGGGAAUGCGCCAUUCCUACGGAAAACCCAUUGGCGUCGCUGCUCGCGUCGAUAUUGGACAAGUCUUGUUGAGUGUCCGCAGUAAAGACAAUCACGAAGUGCACGUUAUUGAAGCCAUUCGUCGUGGAAAAUUCAAGUUUGCCGGACGUCAAAAGAUCCUCAAGAGUCUCAAAUGGGGAUUCACAAAGUAUCCGCGAGAAGAAUAUGUUGCCAUGCGUCGUAGUGGAGAAUUGUCGGCGGAUGGAAAUAUUGUCAAGGUGCACAAUCGUCGUGGAUUGUUGGAAAAGUCGGCACUCUUCCAGGCUGGGCAGGAGUAACUCCUUCUCCACUUACUUGGUUGCUGGUGUGACGAAAGGAUGAAGGUGGAAGUGAGAGUAUGGACGUUAUUGCCAAG